AUGGAAAAUGCAAGUGACACUACAGAUAUAAACUUUAUUCUUCUAGGGCUCUUUAAACACACUCCAAUCCAUUUGUUCCUCUUUUCCAUGGUGCUGGUGUUCUUCCUCACCUCCCUGAUGGGCAAUGCCCUUAUGAUCAUGCUCAUCCAUGAGGACCUCCGGCUGCACACGCCCAUGUUCUUCUUGCUCAGCCAGCUUUCUGUCAUGGACAUGAUGCUGGUCUCCACCAUAGUCCCCAAAAUGGCAGCCAACUACCUGAUGGGCACCGGGUCCAUCUCUCCUGCUGGUUGUGGAGCCCAGAUCUUCCUGUUUCUCACACUGGGAGGGGGUGAGUGCUUUCUCUUAGCAGCCAUGGCCUAUGAUCGCUAUGUGGCCAUAUGUCAUCCCCUGCGCUACCACAUCCUCAUGAAUCAGAAGCUCUGCUUGCACAUGACCAUAGGUUCCUGGCUUCUGGGAGGAGUAGAUGGACUGAUGCAGGCUGGUGCCACUCUGAGCUUCCCUUACUGCCAUUCUCGGGAAAUAAACCACUUCUUUUGUGAGGCACCCACACUUGUGCGCCUUGCCUGUGCUGACACUAUGUUUUUUGAGUUGUUCAUGUAUGUAUGCUGUGUUCUGAUGCUCUUGAUCCCACUGUCUCUUAUUCUGGCCUCCUACAGUCUCAUCCUGGCUGCUGUACUCCGCAUGCAGUCCACAGCAGCCCAGAAGAAAGCCUUUGCCACUUGCUCCUCUCACCUGGCUGUUGUGGGGCUUUUCUAUGGUGCCAUAAUUUUCAUCUACAUGCGGCCCAAAUCCUACCAUUCAGUGGCCUAUGACAAGGUGAUCUCUGCUUUUUAUACCAUCUUCACACCUGUGUUGAAUCCCCUUAUAUACAGUGUGAGGAAUAAAGAAGUCAAGGGGGCUUUGAGAAAGUGGCUGGAGAAACAUUUUCUGGGACAUCUACAGUGA